AUUUGUUUAAAAAAAUAAACAUAAAAAAAUAAUCAGCAAUACUAAUUUUAUUUCAUAAGUGUUUUUGGACAGCAAAAGUUUUCACUUAAAAUCCGUCAAUAAAUAAUAUUAUAAAUAAAACAAUAGAUAUAUACAUAUGUAUAUAUUACAUAUAAUAUUUUUUCAGCGGUAAUGCUAAUAAAUAUCAGAUAAAAUAUUUAAAUAUAAAUAUACAAUACAGUGAAGCCCGAACUUAUACUUUAUAUACGUUGGCCUAGUGCUCCAAAUAAAUAAACAGAAUACGCGGACGGUUCAACUUGUGUUAAAGAUGACAGUGCAGUUUUAAAAGUUAUUAUUUAGAACCGCAAAAACUAAAAAAAAAAUAUUUUUCAAAAAAAAAAUUUUGUUCAGCAUAAAGCUAGUGCGCCCACUUGCUAUAGUCAAUAACAAUACAAGUUAAGAGAAGUUAAUUACCGAGGUGCAACAUUACAACCGCCAAAAUUCUUACCACUUGCAAUAUGAAUUCCUACUUUGAACAAGCUUCGGCGGGCUUCUACGGCCACCCGCAUCAAACAAGCGGCAUGUCAAUGGGCACUGGUGGUCACCACGAUCAGACAGCGACAGCGGCUGCAGCGGCCUACCGAGGAUUCCCGCUUUCUUUGGGCAUGUCACCCUAUGCCAAUCACCACUUACAACGCACCACACAGGACUCGCCCUACGAUGCAAGUAUAACAGCAGCUUGUAAUAAAAUUUACAGUGACGGUCCAUACAAACAAGAUUGUCUGAAUAUCAAGGCAGAUUCUGUGGUCAAUGGCUACAAAGAUAUUUGGAAUACCAGCGCGAAUGGCACGGGCGGCGGUGGUGGUUCCGGUGGUGGUGGUGGAUCUGGAGGCGGUUCGAAUGGAUCAAACACUAAUGGACAGAACAAUCCCACGGGUGGCAUGCCAGUGCGACCAUCAGCAUGUACCCCCGACUCGCGUGUUGGUGGGUACUUGGACACUUCUGGUGGUAGUCCCGUAAGCCAUCGGGGUGGUAGUGGUGGCGGGAGUGGCGGAGCUGGUGGUGGAGUCGUUGGUGGUGGUGUUCAAGGUGGUGGCGGUGGAGUCGGAGGCGUUGGUGGUGUUGGUGUUGGCGGUGGAGUGUCCGGCGUUGGCGGUGCAGGUACCGCCUGGAAUGCGAAUUGCACAAUAUCGGGCGCUGCAGCGGCUCAGAGUGCUAGCAGCUUGCAUCAAGCCACCAAUCACACAUUCUAUCCAUGGAUGGCUAUAGCAGGUAAGAUAAGAUCAGAUUUAACACAAUAUGGCGGAAUUUCAACUGAAAUGGGUAAGAGAUACUCAGAAUCUCUUGCGGGCUCGCUUCUUCCAGAUUGGCUAGGAACAAAUGGCCUCCGAAGACGUGGUCGGCAAACGUAUACCCGCUAUCAGACGCUCGAAUUAGAAAAAGAAUUCCAUACGAAUCAUUAUCUGACCCGCCGACGAAGAAUCGAAAUGGCGCAUGCUCUCUGCCUCACCGAACGACAGAUAAAAAUCUGGUUCCAAAAUCGGCGAAUGAAGUUGAAAAAGGAAAUUCAGGCGAUCAAAGAGCUUAACGAGCAAGAGAAGCAAGCACAAGCGCAAAAGGCCGCAGCACAAGCGGCGGCAGCAGCGGCGGCGCAGGCGCAACAUAUAGGCGAUCAAAACUAG